GCUUUCCUCACGCAGUCUCUUUCCCCGGCCGCAAAACGACCGUGAGUGUCCAACUCACCGUUAUAGGAAAAAAAAAACUUAAAAUAAAAACGCAUAAAAAAAUAUAAAAUCUACAAAAUCUAAAUAAAAACAAACGCAGAAAUACUUAAACACAAACCUUUAAAAAAAUAGCAAAAUUAAAAAAUAUAUAUACAAACAUAGGUGGGAUUUUAAAGAAGUUCUCGAGGUUUAUUCUAAGAAGCUGGAUUUGCGGAAGCUCUUAUAAUAAUCGGGGGAAACUGAGGUACGAUUAAGAACCGGGUUGUUUACUGUUUCGGGACUAUUUCACUAAUUGAGUAUAUAUUUGUAUUCGGGGAAGCUCUAAGAAAUGAACACAGCGACGGGGAGUUAUCCGAUGGCUUCUCUCUACGUUGGCGACCUGCACCCAGAUAUAACGGAGGCUAUGCUGUACGAGAAGUUCAGCCCCGCCGGACCGGUGCUCUCCAUUCGGGUCUGCAGAGACAUGAUCACCCGGCGCUCCCUCGGAUAUGCUUAUGUGAACUUCUCGCAGCCCGCUGACGCGGAGAGAGCCCUAGACACCAUGAACUUUGACGUGGUGAAAGGGAAGCCAAUCAGGAUCAUGUGGUCGCAGAGAGAUCCCUCACUCAGGAAGUCCGGCGUGGGCAAUGUUUUCAUCAAGAACCUUGACAAGUCCAUCGACAACAAAGCCCUGUACGACACCUUCUCUGCCUUUGGCAACAUCUUAUCCUGCAAGGUGGUGUGUGAUGAAAAUGGAUCAAAGGGCUACGCGUUUGUCCACUUCGAGACGCAGGACGCAGCAGAUCGCGCCAUUGACAAGAUGAACGGCAUGCUUCUGAAUGACCGCAAGGUGUUUGUGGGUCGUUUUAAAUCUCGAAAAGAACGGGAGGCUGAACUCGGUGCCAAAGCCAAGGAGUUUACCAAUGUUUACAUCAAGAACUUUGGCGAUGACAUGGACGACGAACGACUGAAGGAACUUUUUGAAAAAUAUGGUAAAACCCUGAGUGUGAAAGUGAUGGCAGAUUCCUCCGGAAAGUCUAGGGGUUUUGGGUUUGUUAGCUUCGAGAAACACGAGGAUGCUAGCAAGGCUGUGGAGGAAAUGAAUGGCACCGAGCUGAAUGGUAAGACCGUCUUUGUGGGCAGAGCUCAGAAGAAGAUGGAGCGGCAGGCGGAGCUGAAGAGGAAGUUUGAGCAGCUCAAACAAGAACGAAUCAGUCGGUAUCAGGGAGUCAAUCUUUACAUAAAGAACCUUGACGACACGAUCGAUGAUGAAAAAUUGCGUAAGGAGUUUUCUCCAUUUGGCUCCAUUACAAGUGCUAAGGUGAUGUUAGAAGAAGGCCGCUCAAAGGGCUUCGGCUUCGUCUGCUUCUCUUCUCCUGAGGAGGCCACCAAGGCUGUGACAGAGAUGAACGGACGUAUCGUUGGCUCUAAACCUCUGUACGUCGCUCUUGCUCAGCGCAAAGAGGAGCGCAAAGCUCACCUCACCAACCAGUACAUGCAGCGUAUUGCUGGCAUGAGGGCCAUGCCGGCUAAUGCCAUCAUCAAUCAGUUCCAGCCCACAAGUGGCUACUUUAUGCCUGCUGUGCCCCAGGCCCAGAACAGGACGACAUACUAUGCACCGAACCAGCUGGCUCAGAUGCGGCCCAACCCACGGUGGCAGCAACAAGGUGGUAGAGGUCAAGGCGGUUUCCAAGGAAUGCCUAACUCACUGCGUCAGCCUGGACCCCGGGCCAAUCUCAGACACAUGACUCCUAGCAGCGGUGCACAGGGCCCACGAGGUGCCGGUCAGACCAUGGGUCCUCGUCAGUCAAUGGGAGUUCCCGGCCCCAGGGCCAUGCCUCCUUACAAAUAUGCCACUAGUGUCCGUAACCCCAAUCCCCAAGUGGUGCAACCAAUUGCCGUACAGCAGACUCAGCCAGCUGUGCAUGUUCAGGGCCAGGAGCCGCUCACGGCCUCCAUGCUGGCUGCUGCGCCGCCUCAGGAACAGAAACAGAUGCUAGGGGAGCGUUUGUUCCCGUUGAUUCAGGCCAUGCAUGCCAACCUGGCAGGAAAGAUCACUGGCAUGCUUCUGGAAAUCGACAACUCGGAGCUGCUGCACAUGCUGGAGUCGCAUGAGUCUCUCCGUUCAAAGGUGGAGGAAGCUGUUGCAGUGCUGCAGGCCCAUCAAGCAAAGAAGGAUGCUACUCAGAAAGUAGGUGGCAUGGCGACUACUGCUGCUGCUACAUCCUAAAAACCGGAUACUGUAUUAACUUGGACUGAGAAAUCAAAGUCAGGAUGGACAGAUACACUACAGUACCUUCAAUAACUUAUGCAAAAAUAUCAAAAAAAAAUUUAAAUUAAGAAAAAAAAAAAAAACCCGUUCAAGUAUGUUUCUAGUUGCAACAUACUUUUAAACUACACACUACGUUAAUGUGAAAGAGUCAUGAACACAGCACAUAUUUGAUCAGAAAAGGCCAGAAACCUUUUUCCAAAACCAACAUGAAUCUUAUUCUUUAUUUUUGCUUGAAGGCUUCACUUUGAUUUUAAAAUGAUUGGCUUCUUAGCCAUCUCAUAUUCUCAUGGGUGUGUGGAAUUAUCAAUAAAGGGAUGAUAAACAAA